AUGCUCAAUACCGGAAAAUUCCUCGGUAAAACAAUUUUGAUAACUGGCGCUUCACGUGGAAUUGGCAAAGAAAUUGCAUUAAAAUUAGCAAAAGAUGGAGCAAAUAUUGUGAUUUGUGCAAAAACGGCUCAAGAACAUGCAAAACUUUCUGGAACAAUUUACAGUGCAGCAGAGGAAAUUAAAAAGAUUGGAGGAAAGGCAUUGCCUAUUCAAGUAGAUGUACGAGAGGAGGCACAGGUUCAGGAUGCUAUUGAAAAAGCGGUUCGUGAAUUUGGAGGUAUCGAUAUUUUGGUUAACAAUGCUAGUGCUAUUUCAUUGACUGGAACACUUGAUACACCUAUGAAAAAAUAUGACCUUAUGCAUCAGGUCAAUAUACGAGGAACGUUUCUUGUGUCUCAAAAGUGUGUGCCUUACUUAAAACAAGCAAAAAACCCUCAUAUUCUUAAUUUGAGUCCACCGCUUGAUUUGAAUCCUAUGUGGUUUAGCAGACAUUGCGCUUAUACAAUGUCAAAGUACGGAAUGUCAAUGUGUGUUUUGGGAAUGCAUGAAGAAUUUCGGAAAGAUAAUAUUGCUGUUAACGCUAUUUGGCCUCGAACUGCCAUCUGGACUGCUGCAUUAGAUAUGCUUACAGAAGGAAAAGGAAAACAAAUGAGCAGAAAGCCAACAAUUAUGGCCGAUGCAGCAUAUAUUAUUUUGAGCAGAAAUUCAAGAGACUUUACUGGCAAUUUUUGUCUUGAUGAAGAUGUGUUAAAAGAAGAAGGAAUCGCUGACUUUUCACAAUAUUCCUAUGUACCAACUGAACUGCUUCCUGAUUUUUUUGUACCCGGAGCUGAGUUUCAAGCUUAUCUUCCAUGGAAGAAAAUGUUUGAAAAGAGCAAGAUUUAA